AUGGGGCCUGCAAUGUACGCGAUGGACUUGGCGGCUUGGCGGGCCGCAGUUGACUGCGAUUGGAGGGUGCUGGAUGUGGCUCCGAAAGAGCUCUGUGCAGAGUACGAGGUCAUGCUGUCGGCAGUCCUUCAGUCUGGCCAAGCUCUGAGCCACGCGAGCGAGGAGCUCAGGGGAGCUCGUGCUGUGGCACUUGCGGCGAUCCGUGGCGAUGCCGGGGCUUUGGAAUUCGUCUCUCCGCAGCUGGCGCUCGACAGCACCUUCAUACUUGAGGCCGCGGCCCAGAAUCUGCGGGUCCUUGAGGUGUGCGAUGCUGAGCACCGGGAGGAUCGGGAGCUCAUCCGGGCAGCCAUCAAGCAGAACUGGAAUGCCCUCCGCUAUGCAGCGCCCUUCCUCCGUCGUGACCCGGGGGUUUGCCUGGAGGCAGUGCAACAGCACUGGCGUGCGCUGCUGCACUGUGAUGAGGAGAUGUGGAGUGACAGGGACUUCAUGCACCAAGCCAUCAGGUGCCGCUGGCAGUCAUUCCAGUUUCUCGGCCCAGACCUCCGCGAGGACCACGAGCUCGUGCUCGAGGCUGUCAGCCAGGAUGCUGCUGCAUUGGACUUCGUUGGAGAAAAGCUGAGGGGUGAUGCAGCCUUUAUGCUCGCCGCGACCAAGUACCAUCACAUGGCGUUGACAAAGGUGUCUCCAGAGUUACAGGAGGAUCCGGCCUUUUGGAAGUCCGUGGUGCAAGAGAUCGACGAUGGCUGGAGGCUGGCCUACGUAGACUAUGGGCCGAGCAGCUUAUGCGACAACCCCGAGGUGAUGCUGGCAGCGGUGAAGCAGAACGUGGAGGUGCUCUCCUACGGCACAAAGAAGGUUCGAAGCGAGCCAGAGAUUGUGGAAGAGGCUGUUCGGAGAAGCUGGAAGGCGGUAGAAUAUGCAGCGAACGUCAAUGCCGCCUCCAUCGUGGAAGCUGUCAAGCAGGACUGGCGAGCCAUCUCUUUGUACAUGGACCAUUUCUACCAAGGGCCGACAGACGACCUGCCAGGAUCUCACAGUUUGGGCAUCCCUCCUCACUGGGCAGUGAUGAAUCCCGACCUUCGGGGCUUAACUGGGACCAUGGCUGAUGUGGGAGGACACUAUGGUGGAUGGUAG